UGAUUGAAAGGUCAAUUAUAGAUGUGUAUGUGGAGCAUGUAUGUGAAGAACUAGACAUUUUAUAUAUGCUUGAAGGUGGCAGUAUUCCAUGUGAUGCAAUUGAUAAAACUAAUGAUAUAGGACCAAGUGUUGUGAAUAAGGAGGUAGUAGAUGAAGGGGCAGGGUUGGAAGGUCCACAAGGAGGCAAUGAGAUUGAUGUAGAUGGGGACAUUGAGGAUGGUUGUGCCACACAAAUUUUACAAUCGACCCCAAAGGCACAGAAUGUAGCUCAUGAAACAAAUGAUGAAUUCUUUGAUGCUAUACAUAUUGAGGAAGAUAGUAAUGAAGAGGAGGAGGUUCAUGACGGUGAGGAUGAGAUUCAUGAUGAUUUUAUGGAUGUUCAUGAUAUGGAGGUUCAUAAUGAUGAGGCUGAUGUUCAUGAUGAUGAAGCUGAGGUUCAUGAUGAUGAGGAGGAAGAGGAUGAUGAUGAUGAUGAGGUUCAUGAUGAUGAGGCUGAGGUUCAUGAUGAUGAGGAGGAUGAUGAGGAUGAAUUCCUUGAUGCUCUACAUAGUGAUGCAAAUGAUGAGGAGGUGGUUGAAGCCAUUAGAAAAUGCAGAGAUGAUAGUUCAGAUUCUACAUCUCCAAACAAUGAUGGAUGUGAGAUUUGUAGUGAUGAUUUGUAUGAAUAUAGUGAUGAGGAAGAUAAAGAUGAAGAAGAGUAUAAAUUCACUGUCCGUGCAGAUGCAAGAACCAGAAGCAAUGUUGAUGUUCUUGCAGAACGCCAUAGGAAUAGAAUUAUUGCAAAUCCACACAUCCAAAUCAGUGAGUUGGUUAGACUUACACAUUUAGAAUUGGGGGUUACUGUCUCAAGGGAUAAGUGUAGAUUGGCAAAGGCUAAGAUUUUGAAGGAGAUGAAGGAAACUUCCAUAAAAGAGUUUGCACAAUUGAGAGGGUAUGCCAAAGAACUAAUGAGGUUGUCACCUAAGUCGAAUGUGCAAAUUGAUACUAAGCCAGCCACAACUCUAGAAGGGAAGCCACAGUUUAAGGGAAUUUAUGUUUGCUUAGAAGGAAGUAGAAAAGGUUUUCUACUGGGUUGUAGACCAAUGAUUGGAGUAUACGCUUGUUUUCUUAAGGGCAUGUGUAAAGGAACCUUCUUGGAAGCUGUUGCAAGGGAUGGGAACAAUCAAAUGUUCCCAAUUGCAUAGGCUAUUGUUGAUUCUGAGUGUACCAGUUCAUGGACAUUCUUUUUCAAAUGCCUAGCAAAUGAUCUAUCGAAUCACAUUAGGAUAGACUUAACAUUUAUUUCAGACCAGCAUCAUAUAAGUGUAACAUUUUUGUUCAUUACCUUUGUAACAAUUUAUAUUGAUAUUACUUUAAUCAUAAAUGUCAUGCCAUUUA